CGCCGCGCCGUCCGUAUCCAUGGCAACGGCCGGAGCGCGGCCCCUCGCAACGGGGCAGGCCGCGCCCGGUGCCAUGGCGGCUGCCGGCAGCCCCAGCGUCUUCCUGCUGGCGGUCAACGGGCAGAUCGAGAGCGGGCAGUUCCCCGGAUUUGACGACCUCUACUGCAAGUUCUGCUUUGUCUACGGCCAAGACUGGGUUCCCACAGCGGGCCUGGAGGAAGGCAUCUCCCAGAUCACCUCCAAGAGCGAGGUGGCACCCACCACACUUGUCUGGAACUUCCCCAUUGACAUUACCUUCAAGAGCACCAACCCAUCCGGCUGGCCGCAGAUCGUCAUCAGCGUCUAUGGACCUGACUUUUUUGGAAAUGAUGUGGUCAGAGGUUAUGGAGCUGUUCAUGUUCCCUUCACACCUGGAAGGCAUACAAGAACCAUUGCAAUGUUUGUUCCAGAGUCCACAUCUAGACUGCAGAAGUUUACAAGUUGGUUCACAGGAAGACGGCCAGAAUUUACUGACCCCAGAGUGGUAGCACAGGGAGAAGGAAGAGAAGUAACACGGGUGCGAUCUCAAGGCUUUGUGACCAUUUCCUUCAACGUAGUGACCAAAGAUAUGAAGAAGUUGGGCUAUGACGUCAGCCCGAGUGACAUGCAGAACCCCUCUCUGGUGCCUGUUACAGAAGGGAUUCAUAAGUAUUGAACUCAGGUGUGGGAUGUCCAAAAGCUCACAGAGAAGUUAAGCACCUUGGGGCUUUUUGUGGCAGAUGGAAACGAGUAUCUGACUAACCUGAGAAAAUUUCACUUGAGACCAUUACUCCAAAAAAAAAAAAAAAACCAAACCAAAAACCCAACCCAUGAGGCUUUGGACUAAUUACCUAAGUAUAAUCCUUUCAGUGAGCCUACAGGUUGAAGUAUUAUGUAAAUUAGUGUCAUCACAUAACAUUUAACAUUUUUAUGAGUCAUAUCAGACUCUCUCAAAAUACCUGUAACAAAUUAUUUUUUAUAACAGCCUUUUGUACACUCUUUAUAUAUUUAAAGAAUAGGAAAGUUUAUAGUUGUAGCAGUUUUCCUGUGUUUAAACCAUCAUCACAAACCUGGUUCUUUUUACUGAUCUUUUUUUCUGGUAGCAAUGGGAAAUUGAAAUUAUUGCACCUUCCAAAAAGGAGGGGAUAUGGAAACAUUCCAGUGAAAUGCACACGCACGUCUCUGUGCCAUGUGCUUUCCUCUGCAAAAGGAACAGCAGUUUUCUUUAUAAUCCCACAUAGUCCUGUAGAGUUUGUGCAAGUAAUUAAAAUAGCUCAUGCACUGCAGAAACAAACCUUUCCACAUUUUUUCAAUGAAGCAACCUGGGCUUUUACGUUUGGAACAAGAUGAUGACUCUUCCGUUUCCAGAUUCUAUUUCUGCAUCAAGCUUCAGGAAGGAAAAAUAAAAAAGGACAUCGGUUUAUUUUAGAGGAGACCAUGGUGUUAAACAUAGCCUUGCUGCAUAGCUUUAACUUCUGGUAGAACAAAUUGCAUUUUAAGUGCAGAUAUUGACUUAAAAAUAAACUUUAGGCUCUGCAAAGAAGGUAGAGUCUCAGCAAGCCAGCUACACGUUUAGCUCCAGAUCAGGUACCAGAGCCUUGUGCUGCUUCACACUCCCUUCAGUGGGUCCCUCCAGCCAGUACAUUACAAAGAUAACAUACCGUGGCUUUAGAAAGGCAGUAAAAAGGCAACAUAGUGAUGUCCAAGUCUGCCACACUCGGGUUUUCUGUCCCAUUGCACAACCUCAGAGGACCGAAACGCUGUUGGUUGUUAGCGGGUGACAGGAGCUCCAGCGCUGUUCUCGGGUGUCUGCAGCAUGAGGGCACAGAGCUGGCCAUGGCCUGAAGGGCUUCUCCUCUGAUGUCUUGCCACCCGCUUUCACCAAAUCCCGUUCUAAGCUAAUGUUAGUGCUGCUCUUUUAGGCUGAAUAAGCCCAAUUUUCUAAAAAUAUUUGUUUAUCUUUCUACUGCUAGGGUUUGUAGCUGUCUGUGCCAGAAUGGAUGUUUCUAAGUCCUAAACCACCCAGGAUCUGCUAUUCUUACAGGUACAAAGAAGUGUAUGCUACAGUGAAAUGCCUAAUUGCUUAGUCAUUUUCAUGUUUAAAUUUGGGCACGUAAUCUCGUGUUUGACUGCAAAUACCACCCUGUAAGUGAACUACCAAGACCUUGAAACCGUAGAAAUAAAAGUAGUACCAGAGUGUUGAACUGCAGAGCCUCCAGGACAUGUAUCAAAUAAAGCAUCCAGUUAGAGAUGGUUAUUAUAUCAUGCUGAGCAGUGUGACUGAAUA